CGGCUGGAACUAGCUUUCCCUACAACGUGGCCCAAUGAGGCAGGAGGGGCUUCCUCUGACGCGGGCGGUGGGGGCGGAGGAGGUGACAGCUGCCCGCUUUGGAAGCGCCAGGUCUGGGAGGAGGAGGAGGAGCCACAGCUAAGAAUCCUUCGGGCUCUAGCGGAGUCUCAAUGGCAGAAGGGAAACAAACAGGCGUUCUGACAAGAUCCUGGAGCAGCUUUCAGAGGCUUCAGCUGCUCUCCACCAAGCCAAGUCUGCAGCCCCAGUUCCACCAAUGGCAGGCACCUGCUUUCCCUUAUCGGAUUAGCAGCUCAGUAUUCUGACUGCCUAACCCUGAACUCCUAGUACAGGCCCCGUGCCUAGUGCUGAUUCUCCCCAAUUAUUUCCUAGAAGAAGCAGCCGGCUACCCUCAACUUUGCCAUGGCGAAGAUGCUGCCAGCCCAAGAGGCUGCAAAAAUCUACCACACCAACUAUGUCAGGAAUGCCCGGGCCAUGGGGAUCCUGUGGGCACUCUUCACGCUCUGCUUUGCUGUGAUCAUGAUGGUGACGUUCAUCCAGCCCUAUUGGAUUGGGGACAGCAUUGACACACCACAAGCUGGCUAUUUUGGCCUUUAUUCCUACUGCAUUGGCAAUGCCCUUACAGGUGAACUUAUCUGUAAAGGCAGCCCGCUGGACUUUGGCACUAUCCCCUCAAGUGCCUUCAAAACAGCCAUGUUUUUUGUGGGCAUCUCCACCUUCCUCAUCAUUGGUUGUAUCCUCUGCUUCAGCCUCUUCUUCUUCUGCAAUGCAGCCACUGUCUACAAGGUGUGUGCUUGGAUGCAGUUGGCAGCAGCUACAGGCUUGUCGAUAGGUUGCCUGCUCUACCCGGAUGGCUGGGACUCUCCUGAAGUGAAACGCAUGUGUGGUGAGAAGACAGACAAAUACACACUGGGGGUGUGCACAGUGCGUUGGGCAUACAUCCUUUGCAUCAUUGGGAUCCUCGAUGCCCUCAUUCUCUCCUUCCUGGCAUUUGUUCUAGGCAACCGGCAAGACAAUCUCCUUCCAUCUGAUUUCCAAGUGGAUAAUAAAGAAGAAGGAAAUGAAUGAAGAUGAAGACUGGAGCAAUACAAAGUGCAGCUCCUUCUACCUUUGGUUGAACUGGGCAUCUGCGGUCUGGCAUUAAGUGGACUUUGAAGAGGCUGCUUGAAACACAUGGCUGCCAGGCACUGCAAUGUCACGGCUUCUGUUAGUCAUCUGGAAAACAUUUGGACUAUAGCAUGAUUUUUUGAACCAAGGUUUAGCAUAAAAGGAUUGAAGAAGAAGAAAUUAAGACUCCUGUUUCAAAAGCAACCCAUUUUCCUAAAACUUCUACAGACUGUUGAAAGCUUUUCAUUUGCUGAGAAAUUAUACUUGUAAUGCUCAAGAAGGGGCAGGGGAAUUACAAAAUCCCUGCUCUAGCUGUGCAGUGUCCCAGGUAGGCUUCCACCUUCCACUUUUUGGUAGGAGUAGAUUCACCCUUCCAAGGGAAUAUUCUGCGAAAGUAAACUGGAAAACUCCUUCCUGCACGAAAGGCUUGAGCAGUUUUAGGCCUUCAAGUCCAAGAGUGUGUGUGACUAGGGCAGGACCCAAUAAAGAGUGACACUAUUUAACAACAAGAAUUUAUUAAGAAUUGGAAGGAUGAUAAGGAAAACUAAAGCGGCAUCACAAUCGCUGCUUCCAUUCAAGUGAACCCUUCCCUCACAUCUAGCUAAACUGGUCCCUAUCCUUCUUACUUACUUCCAGGUAAGGAAAUCCCAGUUGAUUCCCAGCCCAAGGCUGGUUCCCUUUGUCCUACUGUAGUUGCUGAUCAGACCUCCUUCUGAGGCGUCCCAGGAAGAACUGAACCUAACACACCCUUUCCCUUUUCCUCUAUAGGCUGUUGACCAGUUAUUUGGAAAAGCCUACCAUCCAAGCAAUUACAAGAGGGCCUCAUCCUCCCUUAAGCCUGACUAUCACUACAAUACUCAACAAAUACUGGGGGGGAAAUUAUAGGAACAUAGGAAGCUGACUUAUACUGAAUCAGACCAUUGGUCUGUCUUGCUCAGUAUUGUCUACAGUGGCAGGGAACGGCUUCUCCAUGGUUGUAGGCAAGAGUAUCUCCCAGACCUACCUGGAGAUUCCAGGGAUUGAAGUUAGAGCUUUCUGUAUGCUAUGCAGAUGCUCUACCACUGAGCUAUGGCCCCUUCCCUAUAGAUAUUUCAAUAUAUAUUUCAAACAAAAAAUUGAUGAAGAAACACUUGUUUAAAUUGAAACAUACCCACACUACUUAUUUAGACUAAUCAUUUAAAAGCAUGCCUAUUAGUCCACUUGGCUUCCUUUCCCCCCCUGGAUUUGGAUCCCCCCCUGCCACUUUUCUUUAAAUGUUUCAUGUUAUGUACUGAACAGCUUCCUACAAAACAGUCCAUCAUAAAAAAUGGGCAGCUCACAAGAUUAGAAAAUGUAUAUUGAAACACAACCCCAAUACCUAAACACCAAUUGUACCCCCAAACCAACUGCUCUACAGCCAAGUCCCAGUCUAACUGGAAACUGUCUCCAUCCUCUCCACUCUCUUGCCCAACCCAUUCUUCCAGCUGGACUCUGAUGGCAGUCUGGAUAAUCAGAAGUGGCCACCACAAGAGCUGUGGGACUAAUGGGAUUUGUUAGUGGUCAGUAAUAUAACUUUGCAGUAGGCUGUACAUAUUGUACAGAAUAUAUACUUUUCCCAAACCUGGAAGAGUGGGCAGCAGUACUAGUAAUGAUAACUCAGAAUUAGAGUUCACUUGAAUUUGAAUAUUAGCCCAAGGUUCUUUUAGGAUUAACACCACCACACAGAUCUUCCCACUUUGAGAAACUUUAAGAAACUGUCAUGACAAGAUAGGGCAAAGCUAAAACUAAGCUGCCAUUUCUGUGCAGUGCAUUUUAAUUUAGGUUGUGAUAAUGAAAUGUUUCAUCAGUGUAUCAUCUUGGUUUAUGCUUUCAAUGGUUAAUUCAUCUCCGUAUCUUCUACCCAUAUAAUAGAACCAUGCUUUUCUAAACUUUUCUAGAACAGCAAUUAAGCAGAGGAUUGGCUCUCCACCCACCUAAAGUGCAGUCCCUACAGACUCACAACCCAUUGUGCAAAUCUGGCCUGUAAAAUAAAUGGUGAAAACACCUUGGCUCCCAACAGCAUCCAUCCUAGAGCUAGUGCUGCCCAUCUUAGACAAUUUACAGUCAGAUAUCCGUCUUCACAUUGCUAGCCCAGAGCCAUCAAGUGUUUUGGGCUAUUGAUGUUUCUGCAGAUUAGAAGAGUUCCCUACCAGUGCUCCACAAGCUGUAAAGCAUCUAGGGACUGACUAGGGACUCUUACAUCAAACACGUACUUUAAGGUGCUCACCAAUCUAAAUUGGGUUCCCCAAUUCUGCACUGUUCCUGCCACCACAAAGUGCUAGUAGAAAAUAAAGAGGGAUAGUUCUCAGAUAGAAUAGCGUAAAUGCAAAUGUAAUGAGUAACAUUUCGGGGAUCUUCCACCAUUGUGUCUGACUUGACAGCUGUUCAUUUUAUAAUGAUGAAGAUAUUUCUAGAAUUAUAUCAGGAGAAGCCUUUUUUUAAAAUAAUACACGAGAACCUUCAUUCACACAGGAUUGGUCUACUUUUGAAAAUCUUAUUAAACAACGUAUUGGAAUUGAACAA